UCAUGCGCGACCGGAAAUAUUUUUGGUUGCUGAUGAAAAUGACUCAGAAAUACAAAUUAUCUGGGUUCUACGAACACAUAUAAGUUGACAUGCCCAAUUUACUUGAUAAAAAUAUUGUCUUUUUAAAUCGAUACAUGAUAAUCAAUCAAAUCUCUGAUUAAUAAUGUUCAAAACGAAUGUAAACAACAACUCAAACAUCUGCAUAAUUGUCACAAUGUCAGAAUUGUGUAACAUUUUAUUAAGUUAGAUGCUAUGCAAGCUCUGUAAAUAUCAAAGUCACUUAUUAUCUAAUGAGUAAGCAAGGUGGCUUCUAUAUGUAACAUUCUCAAAUCUUGCCAAGUCAAUAUGGACACUUGGCAGAGUGAUGGCGCGGAGGAUUCUGAUGGCGAGAUAGUCGAGAUCAUGUCUGUUGAAGAAUACGAUGGAGAAAAGGCCAAAGCGUUGGCCUCUCUGUCCUGGGUCCUCUGCAAGGCCUACCAAGACAAAGUUCCCACUGAGUUCCAUGACCCCUUCUACAUCAACGGAGAGGGCUCAUGGACUAUCAAGCCCCGACUUGCCAAUCUUCUAGCCAGUAGUGAGCUGUACUGUCUGGCCUGUAAGAACAUGUUUGGAGACAAUGCCUCACAGUGGGCAGGGCACUGGAGCAUAAUUCAGGUCCUGUCUAGGAAAGGCAUCUACGCUGUCGGCUCGGACUCCAAUGACGUCACAGAGACCAUUCUCAUGCAGUCGGCACCAUUUAAACUGAAAGCCCAUCUGGCCUUGAUCGACGCCCUGAUGAAAGCCUUCUGUGGGGAGAUCAUGAGUGUAGAGCGCGUGACUCAGACCGUGAGGAGGUUCUCCUCCUUCAACGCCUCCAGCGAGCUUCCCAACGACUCAGAAGAAGCUGUUCUGUUCUGGGUCAACAAAGUGUGUGCAACUGUCCAAGUGAGUCUACAGGAUAGGGCAGCGCAACUAGAGGCUGCAGAUGAUCCCCAGGAGACCAGCAAUGAGCCCCCGGCUGUACCCAUGCUACUGAGACUGGUGGAGGACGUAGGAGACGGGUGCUCUAUAGCUGCCCUCAUCAGCUUCUACUGUCCCAGCAUACUUAGGAUCCAAGACGUAUGUUUGAAGUCCAAUGUGGGCAUAGCUGACUCGCUGUACAACCUGCGACUGAUCAAGUCCUUCUGUGAGCGUCAUCUUCCCUACAAGACGUGGCACUUUACGUUCGAGGACCUGUUGUACAGCCAUGUGAAGUUGAAGGUGAACAUUCUGAUGCUGAUAGCCGAGAUCUUCUACUGGUUUGAGAUCCGCACGGUCCCUGUGGUCACUGGUGCAGGCAUCACUGGGACACCAGAUGCAGGUCGUCACACAUCAGCUGCAGUCUCUCGUGUUCCCAGUGUUCCUAUCAUCAUUGUUCAGUGUUAUAUCUAUAUACAGGUUGUCACACAUCAGCUGCAGUCUCUCGUGUUCCCAGUGUUCCUAUCAUCAAUGUUCAGUGUUAUAUCUAUGUACAGGUCGUCACACAUCAGCUGCAGUCUCUCGUGUUCCCAGUGUUCCUAUCAUCAAUGUUCAGUGUUAUAUCUAUGUACAGGUCGUCACACAUCAGGUACAGUCUCUCGUGUUCCCAGUGUUCCCAUCAGCAAUGUGACCAAGCAGAGCUUUCAGCGCCACCGUGUGGACAGUGAGCUACGCUGCAGUAGCGCCCCCGACCCUCACAAAGGCAGUCCCACCCUGCCCCACCGCGCCCAACCACUUCUGCACAGGCGUCAACAGAACAAUGGGGCUCAUGACGAUGUGCGCCAGUCCCUCAAUGUGGUUGGUGGUCCGGCAGGGAGCCAGUCUCUCAAUGUGGUUGGUGGUCCGGCCGGGAGGCAGAGAGGGCCGCCCAGGGAGUCUGUGGUCGCAUGGCCAGAGAAAUGCCAGCAGUCUGCCCUGAUGGCAGAGAGUGGCAGUGGUGAUAGCAGGAAUCUGCUGGCCAACGUGAGCAUAGACUCUGACAUGAACGCCAGCUUCUCCAGUGGUAGUAUUGACCUCGGUGACCUUGACACCUCCCCCAGGGAUGUCCUGGACCCCACUCCGAGGUUGCAAGGAGGGGCUGACACAGGUCAUGUCAUCAGCUUCAGUCUGCAGAACCAGAAGGGCACGCCAUUUUCCACUGAUAUAAAACGUCAUGAUCUGGAAAGUGUUAACUCUGUGAACUUGCGUGUUGAUGAAGGUUUUGAUUCAAAGCAAUGUGCAGCUGGUUUGAAUAGUGAAAGUAUAACUGCAGGGAACUUUGAACGGUUGUUUCCUGCUAAGCUGAAGCAAGCAAAGGAAAAGACAAGUGUUCAUAGUAAGGAAGAAGAGCAAGGUGAAGUGCUUAAGUGGAAGACUGCUAACCCAACUAGUAAAGUAAAGAAGGGUGUAACUAUUGACCCGCAGUCUACAGUAAUUAACAGCCAGUCGGCCUCUGUGGGACAUGAUAUGAAACUACCUUUUGAAUCUCAAGUGUCAGCUGAUCAAUGUUCUCCUUCCCAUAUGGACAAGUCUGAUCCCAUCCCUAGGAAGUUUGAGGCCUUCUUUGUAGGUGGAAGUGUCGACGGCUCAGUGGACCUGCCAACUCACAGGAGUGACGUUACAGUGGCUGAGAGUUACAUUAUUGAUCACGUGCAUACGCCAGAGGCUGCAAGGGCUGCUGGGAUACCAGUCAUAGAAACAGCCAAUCAGAGCCCUCGCUCACUUGAGUUAGCCAAUCAGAGCCCUCGCUCACUUGAGUUAGCCAAUCAGAGCCCUCGAGCAUUGGCAAUGGCCAAUCAGAUACCCCGAAGUCUUUCACGUGAAGGAAGUGUGGCCAGCAGUAAGAGUUCAGGAGAAUUUUCUGAUCACGAGUCCCAAAAAAUCCACGCUGAUCACAAAACACAGGAAAGUGUCCAGAAACAUGCUUUGAGUGGAAAAGAGAACUUCUUGGAUACGAAUGAUCCAGCUAAUUUUAUUAUACGCAAGCCAGUUCUUGUUUCAAAACCUCCAAAAACUGUUGAUUUUGAAAACAAAAUUCCCUCAACUACUUUUUCUCAAAUAAAACAGCUUCGCAAUGUGGGUAACACGGACAAUUCUGGUUUUGUGUACAUGCAGCAAGGACAGGACGACAACUCCAAACCUUCAUCAUUAAAGGACACUUUCCACAAAAAGCAGCAAGAGAAGAAAUCUCUCUUUAAUUCCUCUCCUUCUCGACAGCCCGUUCCCAACUCUACCCAACCUAUGGCUGUUGAGAAUGAGGCCACUUCUGAGGUCCCUGCAGCCAACGCGGCUGCCGGUCAGGAGUUACUGAAAAUUAAAAUGAAAUUGGAAGAGAAGCGGAAAGCUAUUGAGCGUAAGAAGCAUACACAGGAAAUCCAGCAGCAGAAAAUAAGGCAGAGACUUGGUAAAGCUGCCUUCUUGCAUGUUGUAGGUAAGCCAAAGGAUGGUCCUAGUGACACCACGGAGCUGCAGGCUGAGAAUGGAACAGCGCAGAUGACAAGUACUGCAAACAAUGCAAGAACGGCUGCCCAGUCUCCGAGGUCCCUCAAUGCCAGAGAUGGCAUACAGCAAACCAUUGAGAACGUGCGUAACAACUGGUUCAACAAGGAAGACCACAUGUCACAGGGGGAUGGUGAGAACAGUGAGGGGGAGGGCCAGGGGGCCGGGUUGACUGACAGCGAAAUGAGCAGCUCCCAGGAGAGCCAAGGCAGUCAGCAGGGGAGACGACUCCUGUUUGACCGGCGCAGUGCCUCUGUUGAGAGAGUGGCCUCCCUUGCUGAACAAAGAAUUGCGCAACCAGAUACUGCUUCAUAUCCCAGAAGUGAGGGAAAUGGAUCAAAUAUUGAUGAACUAUCUGCUGGUAUGUCUACCUCCCCAGUGUUCAGUCAGCAAAGUAUUCCCAGUCCCCCAAGACUGUCAGUUGGUCAAAGUGGUUCAUUUGUUGAAAGGCAGUCAAGAUCUGACCUUGGAAGGAAAUCCGAUGUUAAACCAGAGCGACAGGAAUCUUAUGAUGAGUACAGCAACUCUCUGGAUAAGUUAAACCAGAGUUUGACAGAUCUGCAGGGCGAGAUCAUGAAACUGUCCCUGAAGAAAGGUCAACAAUUACAAGUGUCACGGUCCAGGUCAAAGUCUCCAACCCAGGUGGAGGCAAAGCUGAUUGAGAAGCAACCAGCUCUAGUGGACAGUAAUGUUGAGAGGACUUCAGCCCAGCACAAGUCACGGAGCUCCUCUGAGCCACGACAGCUGGCACAGGAAGGUCAGCAGCCAGGAAACUACGCCUCGUUGCCUAGACAACCACCAGCCUACGCACAACAUGGUCAGCAGCAUCAGCUUCAGCAGUACGCAAUGAGUCCCACAUCAAUGGUUGGUCAGAUAGGCCCUAUAUACGGCACCCACGGCCACUACAUGCAGAGCCCUGGUCAUGGGUUCCCCAGCUAUGUGCUAGGCCCAGGCCAGGGUCAGAUGACCUACCCCCAGAUGCAGCCCCCCUUUCAUCAGAGUCCCCCUGGUUUCCCCCACACCGGCGGUCCAGGCAUGUACCCUGGUCAGCCGUACCCUGGGCCCCACAGUCUUGUCUCCCCUCCAUCGGCAGCCCAGCCAGGCCCCUACUCUACCAUGUACACCUCCCCCGGUGUUCCCAGUAACCAGUUCCAGCCCUUACAGCCCCUGCCUGGCCCCUAUACCAACCCCUCACACAUGGGGCAAUACCUGCCACAGGGUCAUCAGCCUCAGCCACACAUGUUUGACAUGCAACAGGCCUAUAAUCAGCAUUCCAGUGUUCAGAAUCCAGUGAGUUCCACCCCAGAAGCAGUUCAGUUGCGUUCUAGUCAGAUACGUGAAAAUAGAGGGGUCACUAAUGACAAUACGAGACAAUUCAAGGGUGACAAUAGUGACUCAAAUGUACAAUCUAGUAGAUCCAGUAACAGUGAUAUCAACAAAUCCAAUAAUGUCAGUGAUAAAAGUGACUCUGGUGUUACCAGGAUUACGGGUAAAACCUCCAGUUCAAAUAGUUACGUGUCUUCUGUGAUAUCGGAUUUCGCUGCUCAGGUGACUCAGCCUGGUGGCCAGGUGCCGGGCACUCACUCGGACGACUUGCAGGGUUCGAGCCUUGGUACCGGCGCUGAUUUGGAUACCAGCACCUCUGGGCUAGACGUCACUCCUGUAGGCUUCGUGGUCGGUCAGGAUGACACCAGUCUAGAUCAGAGUGCAGAGGAGGAGAUGCAUAGGAAGAAGGAGAAGUUGGAGAAAAUGAGGCUGAAACGUGUUGAGGAGCAGGAGAGGAAGAGGCUGAAACUGGAGCAGGACAUGAACCGGCGGAGGGAGAUGGAGAGGUUGAAGCAAGAAGAAAGUGAUCGUAGAAAAUCAGAAGAAAAAGCGCGGCGUGAAGCUAUUUUUAAGCAGUACAUCACAAAGAAGGAUGAUGAUGAGGAAGGCCCGCCGAAGAAAGAGAAGCCCAAACAGAGAACUAGGCCAAAGUCAAUGUUUGUCAAGCCUGAAUUGGUAGAAGGGUUUGAGGGCGCUGGUUCUGUGGACGACUUGACCAGCCGAGUGAUGUCAGCCUCUGUUGGACCGGAACCUUCCAAUGGGGCCCAGUUAAAGGGUACUAGAAACACUAGAUCAUCCAAGUCACCUCAGCACAAACAAGUUAUGAGAAAAGCAGUUUCCAUGAACACCCUUCACAAUGGCAGUGGUGACGGGCGGUCCCUGGCGUAUGGCGGUCUCACCCACCGGCGACCGCUCUCACCAGACCCCAACAGGACACGCAAGGGUCAGAGGUCAAAUGAGAGCUCGGAGUCGGGAUCCUCACAGGGCGGUGUGGACUAUGCAGGUCCGAAGCUGUUUGUGAAGCCGAGUGCCAAGUCUAACAGACACAUCAUCAUCAAUGCUAUCAGUCACUGCUGCCUGGCUGGCUCUGUAAACACGGAGCAGAAAAACAAAGUGCUAGAAGAAAUUGCCAAGUCCAAUGCCAAACACUUCAUCAUUCUGUUCCGGGACAGCAGUUGUGGUUACCGGGGCCUCUAUGGGUUUGACCCGGACACUGAGGACUGCUUCAAGAUAUUGGGCGUGGGUCCCCGGUCAAUACAGCAUGACAUGGUGGAGAAAUACUACAAAUACAACUCAGGGGGCAAGUCGUUCUCCGAGGUUGUCUCUACAAAGCACAUCUCUGUGUCCAUUGACGCUGUCAGCCUGCAGAACGCUGUGUGGAAACCAGCCAAGCCUCCUGCCAAGGCCAUGUGAUAACAUUCCAGAUUCCAGCCUGUGUAGUCAGUCUGUGUAGUCAGCCUGUAAAUUCAGCCUCAGGCUUAAAUGACGGGCACUCCCUCCAGCCUGCAUGAGCCUACGCAAAGCCUUUUAGUGGACACAAACUUAACUAAAGCGGAUGUCAGAGAAUAAAAUGAAUCCUACAUAACAUGUGGCUGUUGAAUAUGUACUGAACAUGCUGUUCAUAUUUAAUGGUUUUGUUGGGUUAAAUGUCUACUUAAUGUUCGUAUUUAACCAUAUAUCAAUGAUAAAAUGGAUUUUCCUAGGGGUAGUAGGGAUUGGCUGAAGAUGUCCAAUGAUAAAUGAUCCUACAUAAAGAAGUUCUAUAAUUACAAGGCAAACAUUACAAUGGAUUACACAGCCACCUAAUCCACUGACUGAGUUAGGUGAAUGGUAAAAGUUCAAACACAUGCCAGUCCCUCUGAGUUUGUAAUGUGUUGUUAGCUUUAUUUAUUAUCCCGGGCUUGGACGGUAACACAUUUGAGCCAAGUUUAUUGGUUAUUGUUCAGCUGCAUACAAAUAGUUAAAAGUUGCGCUUGUAGCCAAACUCAUUUUUAUACACUGAUUAAAAAAAACACUGGGCGUAUUAUGGGAGCACCUGAGGUGGUCAGGCAGGCGAAGUCUAGGAGAACGAUAUCUGCUCAAUUACUCAAACAGUUUAAAUCUGAUCCUCAUGAAACUUGGUAAAAAUGUUUAAUGGCAUAAUAUCGCAACCAAGUGAGAUAACCAGCUUGGUUGCAUGUAGCACUUCUGCAUAAUGGGCCUUGAAUUUUUAAAACAAUAGACAAAUUUACCUUGUCAGAUCUCUAACUCUGAUAGCUUUCAUUGGAUCAUAAUUGUUGUUGUGGUCCGUAUAAUUUCCACCAAGUUAAAUAAUCAGCCACCGACAAGCAUUACAGAGAUAUUUGUUGUAAACAUAAUGGACUUGCUUUGCAUAAUAAGGUAGCAUUGGUACUAUUUAGGUAAUCUUUUUUCAGCUUGCCUUUUUUGCAUUUUAUAUAAAUGCAUUGUUGUGAUUGAUAUAUUGUUUUUCGCACAUUCUUAUUUGAUGUCACUUGGUUGGGAACAUCUGAGUGGUGUAAAAACUCUCUGUGUAAGUCCUAAGGUAGUUGAUCCUGUUGUAUGCCUUGAAUGAUAAUUAUUGUUAAUCAUGAAUAUGUUUCUCAGAUUAAGUGUUAAAGUUUUACAUUUAAAACGGUUGUGCUAUGCAUAGAAAACAGUUGGACAGCGUGACAUUGUGAUCAUCGGGAUUGACAUUGUAUCCUCGCUCUGGGACAAGUGGACUUAAUGCAUGUGCAUAUAGAGGACUUCAAAUGCUUAUCUGGGACUGCAAUUUCCUCUUUCACAGAUUUUUUUGUUUAAGUGAAGUCUCUACUCAGCGGAUAUCCAGUCUAGGCUGAAAGUGUUGGCUGACGACACUUAACGCAUGUUGCCCAGAACAAGGCUCAUUUUUAGCUCGACUAUUAUAUAUGAAAUAUAUAUAGUGGAGCUAUUCUACUCACCCCGGCGUCGGCGUUUUUUUUUUUAGUGUGCAAAUGUUAAAGUUUGGGUACUACCCCAAAUAUUUCCUGUGUCCCAUGACAUAUUGCUUUCAUAUUUUGCAUACUUGUUUACCAUCAUGACCCCAACCUAUAAACAAGAGCACACAACUGUAUCAAGCAUUUUGACAGAAUUAUUGCCCCUUUUAUACUUAGAAUAUGCAUAUUAUUGAUAAAUCUAUGUUUAAGUUUGACAAAACAACACUUACUUGACGCCCCCCCCCCCCCCCAAAAAAAAAAUCUUAUUUUUGAAAGAUUAUCUAUUAAAUGAUCAUACACCCACAUUAUA